AACAGGUGCUGUGACGGUUUCGCCUUUGUUUUUUCACUAACGACAAAUCGCUUGGGGAAAGAUUAUUGGAAAUACAGAAUGAAAUAUUCAAAAUUACACUUAAAAAUAGUUUCGCGUAGGUGUGAUUGUGUGUGGACUUGUGGACUGUGCAAAUUAAAAUAAAAAAUACUUAAAAAAAAAUCAAGGUCCCGUUGAUGUGUUUCAGACAAUUGGAUAAAGAAAAGCCCGAUCGUAGAAUAGACGAAAACUGUUUGAAAAUAUUUUCUUCGGACGACGUGUCCGCGUAUCGAAUUGUUUUUUAUUGUACCUGGUAGUACCUUCACCAUGGGAACCGUGGUGGUGCCAAUUUAAGACACCGUUUUCACGGUCACACAUCGGUGUGUGUUUGAUAUAUGCCGCAACCUGUUGCGAGAGGGAAAACAAAUCUCUCGCAAUAAAAACCCAAACAUUGUACCGUUUGCGCCAAAGUCGAAAAAGUGCUUUCGACCAGCGAGAUUGAUCCUUGUUCACUGAGCCUCAAUUAUUAUUAUUGUUGUUAUUUGUUGUUAUUAUCUACGUUGGAGAAGCAUUAGCUAAUGGUGGCGAUCCCAAGUACGUCUAGCUAUAGCAGGAUGGCGGCAAUGGACAUAAAACAAGCGGUCCCUACGGCUGAAAUAACCGUAGGGGACUUUUACUCGGGUAAAACAGUUUUCGUCACUGGCGGAACGGGUUUCAUGGGGAAAGUGUUGUUAGAAAAACUGUUACGCUCCUGUCCUGGACUCUCGAAGAUUUAUGUGCUGAUUAGGCCCAAAAGAGGUCAGGAUGCGAGAGACAGGCUUAAGGAACUGCUAGGAUCACCGCUCUUCGAUCAUUUAAGGAAAGAACGCCCAAUAGAUCUAAAUAAAGUUGAAGCAAUCGAGGGCGAUAUAACGCAGCCCGAGCUCGCCAUAAGCCCAAGCGACGCCGCGCGUCUCGCCCAUUCUGUUAACGUUGUCUUCCACAGUGCCGCCACCGUAAAAUUCGACGAAAAACUCAAAUUGUCUGUCACCAUCAACAUGCUUGGCACACAGAGACUCGUUGAAUUAUGUCGGAAAAUGGACAACCUCGAAGCUCUGGUUCAUGUGUCGACAGCGUACUGUAAUUGUAACCUUACAGAUGUUGAGGAAAUGAUUUAUCCAUCAGAAAUAUCUGCGGAAAAGGUGUCCGCACUCGUGGACAUUUUGGACGAAAAGACUGUAGACGAACUUACACCAAACCUAGUCGGGGAACGACCAAACACAUACACAUUCACGAAAGCCCUAGCCGAAAGUUGGUUAAAGGACAAUAAAGGUGAUCUACCUCUGGCAAUAGUUAGACCGAGUAUCGUAAUAAGUAGCCUGAACGGCCCUUACAAGGGUUGGGUGGACAAUUGGAAUGGCCCCACAGGGAUUAUAACGGCGGCAGGCAAAGGAAUCUUCCGUACUAUGCUCUGUGACCCUAACAAAAAAGCUGACCUCAUUCCUGUUGAUCUAGUCAUCAAUUUAAUGAUCGUGGCUGCGUAUAGUAUCGCAACCCAAAAACCAACCAGGGAAAUCCCCGUCUACAAUUGUUGUACAGGUCAAAGAAAACCAAUAACAUGGUCAAAAUUUAUAAAUUUAGCACUGAAAUAUACUAGAAUAUACCCCCAAAGCAAUUUAGUGUGGUACCCUGACGGCUGCGUCACACAGUCAGCUUUUUACAAUAAUUUUAAGCGAAUUUUCUUGCAUUUAAUACCAGCAUACAUUUUAGACUCUGUUACGUGGUUAAGUGGAGGUAGACCUAUAAUGCUUAAAGUUCAAGACAAAUUAACGAAAGCUGCAGCCUGUUUGGAGUUUUUCACUUUACACGAGUGGAAUUUCGAUGACAGAAACGUGAAAGCCCUAAGUGCUACAUUGAACGAAAAGGACAGGAACGAAUUCAAUUUCGACGUCGCUCAAAUAGAUUGGGAAUCAUAUAUUGAAAGUUACAUCAUAGGAAUUCGAAGGUUUAUUUUCAAAGAUGAAGAAUCGACACUGCCAAAAGCACGAAAACAAGUAUCGCGUCUCUUCUGGACCUACCGCAUCCUACAGGUGCUGCUAGUAAUUUUCGCAUGGCAGUUCCUCGUCCUCCGCUUCACCCCUUUGCGACAAUUAUGGACGAACGCUUUCCAGAUACUUAUUCGUCUUGCGAGACUCGUCUUCGUUCCCUAAUGUUGUUGUUGUUGUUAUUAUUAUUAUUGCAAACGCCAGUACUAUAUAAAGACAAUUCAAAUAAUGAUCCUCCAGAUGUUAAAAAGAAGAGGAAGGGAAGGAACUUCUUCGUAACAAAUUUAGUGAUACACCCGAAUAAAAAAAAAUGAUUAUUAAUCGGAACAGAAACUCUAGUGCUUACAAAAAUUAAAAAAAUGUUUAAUAA